AUGGCGGUUGCGGGUGGCGGAGAGGGUGCGGAGGAGAUCGAGGCGCGGGAAUUGAUGUUGGCGAACGGAGCAGACGCAGGAGUUAUUAAUGGCGAUAGCACGAGUGUUGGUAACAAGAGUGACGAUGAUGAGCGUGGCGAUAGUAUGAGCGGCCCGACGGGCGGUACUAAUAUGAGGGGAGACAUGGGAGACAUGGCGGCGCUGGAUCUGCUCGAGGAGGAAGAGGGGAUAGCGGAUCCGCCCCUGAGCGUCUACUCCAUACUCACCUUCUCAUGGCUCUCCCCCCUCAUGGCGCAAGGCGUGCGCCAGGUGCUAGGCCCCAGCGACCUCUACCCCCUGCCUUCCGCCUUCUCCGCGCAGCACCUGGGGGUGAAGCUCAGCGCGCUCUGGGCAAAGCGCAACCCGUCCCCCGGGCAGCAGCAGAGGGGAGAAACGGGCGCGGGGAAAGGAAAGGGCGGGGGAGGGGGAAGAGGAAGGGGAGGGGGAUGGGCGGGGCGGUACUGGGCGGUGAUUAUGUGGCCGUUCCGGUGGCGGUUGACGCUGGUAGCGGUGCUGAUAGUGGCGGAGUCCGCCCAGCGCAUCCUCUCUGCCUUCCUGCUGCGCCAAUUGGUUCGCUUCUUGCAAGACGCGCAGGACUCGGAAACAAGCGACCCGGCGUGGCGAGGGUACCUGCUGGCGGUGCUGAUGGGGCUACUGGCGCUGGGCUUUGCGCUGCUGCACCAUCAAAUCUGGAACCUCUCGCAGAUCGUUGGAUGGAACCUGCGAGUUGCUUCCAUGACGCUCAUCAACAGCAAGCUGCUAUCUCUCAACGGGGGUGCACUGACGCGCAUCACCACGGGCCACUGCAUCACACUCAUGUCCAAUGACGUACGCCGCUUCGACGAGCUCCCCAUGUUCGCCCAGUUUCUAUGGGCGGCCCCUCUCGAGCUGGUGGUGGUGACGGCGCUCAUAGUUCUCGAAGUGGGUGCCCAGCCUGCGUUUGCUGGCAUAGCAGCCCUCCUCGCCCUCAUUCCCCUGCAGGCUCUGUUCGGGCAUUUCUUUGCCAAGCAGCGGCGCAGGACCGUGGAGUUCACAGACGCCCGGGUGAAGAUGACAGGCGAGGUGCUAUCUGGCAUUCUGGCAGUGAAGAUGUUCGCCUGGGAGGCGCCCUUCACGAGCUUCAUUCAGAGGAUCCGCAACAAAGAGCGCAGAAACAUCGAGCUGGCGUCAUACAUCAAGGCGUUCAACGAGGCGUCCUACUUCGCCUCCUCCUCCAUGGUGUCACUAGUCAUCUUCGCCACGUACACGCUGCAGGGAGGAUACCUGCAGCCCUCCACGGUCUUCUACGUCAUCUCCCUCGUGCAGCUGCCGCGCCUGUGGAUGUGUGUGUUCUUUCCAGCGGGCAUAGAGCGAGUGGCAGAGGCGGCUGUCAGUUUCUCACGGCUCGAGGCAUUCAUGCGGCUUUCAAAUAGCACGAAUAGAGGGGAAGGAGCAACGCCAGUGCCAUCACCUAAUGAGAAGAACACGAGCACUGGAGGGGGAGAGGGAGAAGAGGAAGCGGUAGGGGAGCUGUUGCAGCAGGAACAGGAUCCAUGGAGAGAAUCUGCUCCUACUCCUCCUCCUGCUGCUGCUGCUGCUGCUGCUGCUUCUGUUCCUGCCACUGAUGCUGCUGCUGCUCCUGCUGCUGCUGGUGUAGCUGCUGGUGAUGGUGGUGCUGUUGGUGAGGGGACAGAGCAGGGGCGGGGAGGGCAGGAGAGUGUGUGUGCAAUGGUGAACGCGUCUUUUGGGUGGAGGGUGGGCGCUGGAGAGAGGGAGGAGGCGACAGGGACCAAGGGGCAGGGGAAGGAUGGUAGCGGUGGCAGUGGUUCUGGAGGAGAGUUGAAUGGAGAGUUGAAUGGGGAGAUGAAUGGGGAGGCGAAUGGAGCAGUGAAUGGAGAGGUGGGAGCAGGCAAGUCCACAUUGCUGGCUGGCAUUUUGGGAGACGCUGAGUUGAUGGGGGGAGAGCUGGUGUGCCGGGCAGAGAAGAUAGCGUAUGCUGCUCAGAAGCCGUUCGUCAUGGCCGGAUCACUGAAGGACAACAUCAUCUUCGGCCGUCCAUUCCAAGCAGAGCUCUACAACCAGGUCCUGGACGCAUGCGCCCUGCGCCGGGACAUAGCCAACUGGCCGCGGGGCGACCUCACAGAGAUCGGCGAACGGGGAGUGAACCUGAGCGGCGGGCAGAAGGCGCGGGUGGGCCUGGCGCGGGCAGCGUACGCCGCUGAUGCUGCUCUCUUAUUGCUGGACGAUCCGCUCUCUGCAGUGGACCCGGCUGUGGGGCGGCACCUGUUUGAGCAGUGCAUUCGGGGGGUCAUGAGUGGAAGGCCGAGGAUUGUGGUGACACACCAGCUGCAGUACCUGCCCAGUUGCGACCGGGUGCUAGUGCUGGACGGUGGGAAACCCGUGGCCUUGGGUCCCUAUGCGGAUUUGGCAUCACAGGUGGACUUUCAGGGGCUGCUGGGAGGGGACGAAAGGGAGGGGGAUGAGGGAGAGGGGGGGGUAGAGGGGUUGGGAGAAGAGGACGAUUUACUAGCUGCUGGUGGCGCGGAAGUGGGGGACGGCAGGGAGAAUGGAGGAGUGGGGGAGGGUGGAGCGCGGUUGCAGCAUCAGUGCUUGUUCACUGUGGGAGAGGACGGUGAUGAGGAGGACACUGGUGGUGAUGCUACUGAAGGGCUGGUACAGAAGGAGAAGAAGGAGGAGGGCAUGGUGAGCCUGCGAGUGUACCUGGGAUAUGCAAAGAGGGUAGGAGUGUGGCAGUCGCUGCUGCUCGUGCUCCUCCUCGCUGUUGGUCAAACCCUCGCGUGUGCGGGCGACUGGUUCCUGGCCUUCUGGUCCCAAAAGAAGGAUCAAUCCGGCCCAUACCGACCCAUCUACACUGCACUAGUCCUCACCGGAGUGGUCACCUCGUUCGUCCGCUCGGGCCUCUUCUUCCGGUGGUGUGUGCGCGCGGCCUCGCGCAUCCACUCCGCCAUGCUCGCCUGCGUGCUCGGCUCGCCGCUCGCCUUCUUCCACGCCAACCCCAUCGGCCGCAUCCUCAACCGAUUUUCAGCAGACCAGGGGAUUUUAGACGAUCUGCUGCCCUUCACGCUCUUCAACUACCUGCAGACGCUCAGCCUGGCAGUGGGGGCCAUAGUGAUGGUGGCGCUGGGAGUGCCGUGGAUCCUCAUCCCCAUGGCUCUGCUCUUCCUGCUCUUCCUGCGCCUGCGCUACGUCUUCCUCUGCACCUCCCGCGAGGCCAAGCGCCUGGAAGCAGUCACGCGCAGCCCUGUGUAUGCACACUACGCCGCCACCAUCCAGGGUCUGACAACCAUCAGGGCGUUCGGAGCGCAGCAGCAGUCCGCCACCAUAUUCCACCGCCUCCUCAACGCCAACGGCCGCGCCUUCUACUGCUGGCUAGCCGCCUCCCGCUGGCUGGCCUUCCGCCUCGACACAAUCGUCUCCGCCGUCGUGUUUCUCGUCGCCACGCUCGCUGUCGCACUCAGGACCACCCUGCCCCCCGGGCUCGUGGCCCUGGCGUUGAGCUACACCCUGCAGAUGUCUGGCAUGCUGCAGUGGGCUGUGCGGCAAGGAGCGGAGGUGGAAAACAUGUUCACGGGUGUUGAGCGAGCAUUGGAGUACACACACUUGCCACAGGAAGAGGGGUUGGAGGACGUGAGCUUCCAGCUGCAGGGAGGGGAAAAGUGCGGUGUGGUGGGGCGAACCGGUGCUGGCAAGUCAACGCUCAUGUUGGCGCUCUUCCGACUCGUGCAGCCAUCCGGUGGCUGUAUCCUCAUCGACGGUGUUGACACUGCCACCAUCUCCCUCACUCGCCUCCGCAGAAACGUUAUGGCAAUCCCUCAAGAUCCUGUGCUCUUUGGCAGCUCUCUCCGAUUCAACCUCGACCCGUUCAAUCAGCACCCGGAUGCGGCCCUAUGGGAGGCAUUAGACGCAGUGCAACUGAGGGGCAAGGCGGGCGGGCUGCAGAGAGGGCUGGAGGCGAGCAUGAGCGAGUUCGGGGAGAAUUUUUCCGUGGGACAGCGGCAGCUCGUGUGCCUCGCACGUGCCGUGCUGCACCGCAGUCGCAUUCUUCUCAUGGACGAGGCGACAGCGAACGUGGACAUGGCCACAGACGCGCUCAUCCAGACCACCAUCCGCCGCCAGUUCGCUGCCAGCACUGUCAUCACCAUCGCUCACCGCCUGCACACCAUCAUCGAUGCUGACAAGGUGUUGGUGCUGGAGCAGGGCCGGGUGGUGCAGUUUGGGUCACCGCAGCAGCUGGCAGCAGACCGAGUGGGCUCUUUCUCUCGCAUGAUCUCCAACACCGGCCGAUCUUCCGAGGCCUCCCUGCGCUCUGCUCUCGCCAGAGAUGGCUCGCAGCGAGAGGCUUCACUAAGAGAUGCCUCGGUAAAAGAAGCAGCGACGGGAGAUGUUUCGGGGAGGGAGGACGUGCAGCGCGACAAGGAAGCUGUUAACAUUGAUGUGAUGCCUUCGGAGAGUGAUGGUUUGCUUCGUGAUAGGGAUUCGGCUGGGGAAGGCAGGGAUGCGGAUGAGGAUGAUAUAGCUGCUGGUAGUACCAAGGAAGAUGCAUGA